UGUAUCUGGUCAUUAUUUCAGAUUGUUGCCACCAUUGAAAGUAAUCAAGUCACAGUUAUUCAGGGUUCAACAGGUUCGGGUAAAACAACACAAGUACCACAGUUUAUAUUGGAUCAUUAUGCCAGUGAGAAUAAAUAUUGUAAUAUAAUAGUCACACAACCUAGACGAAUAGCAGCUACAAGUAUAGCUAGACGUGUUUGUGCUGAAAGAAAUUGGACAUUGGGCUCAGUUUGUGGAUAUCAGAUUGGGUUAGAUCGUAAAGCUACAGAAGACACUAGAAUUCUAUACUGUACUACUGGUGUUUUACGUGAAAAAUUAGUUGGUGAAAAGAGUAUGGCUAUGUUUACACAUGUUAUAUUAGAUGAGAUUCAUGAAAGAGAUCAAGAAUCUGAUUUUGCUCUACUGAUUGUGAGAAAACUUCUUAGAACAAAUUCUAGAAAUGUGAAGGUUAUAUUGAUGUCUGCUACAUUAGAUUCUAAACAGUUUGCUCAGUAUUUUGCUCUACCUAUAAGAGAUAAAUUAGAACCAGCACCAGUAGUUAAUGUAGAAGGUCGUGUAUUUAGAGUAUCAGAGUUCUAUGCUAAUGAUCUUUAUCCUGCUCUUGGUGAUCUACCUGUAGCUGAUGAUAGGAGUCCCUGUCUUUCUGAGGAAGCUUUACACAUGUCAGUUAAACUUAUACAAGAAUUUGAUAAGCUAGAAGUUAAAGAAUCAGGGAAAGAUGCUGAAACAGGCUUUGCCCCAGUAAGAGGUUCAGUUCUAGCUUUCUUACCAGGUUAUGGUGAAAUAUCAGAUAUGUUUGAUUUGUUAUUACCUCUAGAAAAAGAACAUUGUUUAAGGAUAAUACCUUUACAUUCCACAAUUACUAAUGAAGAACAACAGAGAGUAUUUGAACCUCCACCUAAAGGAUAUAGAAAGGUUAUAUUAUCUACCAAUAUUGCUGAAAGUUCUAUUACAGUCACUGAUAUUAAAUAUGUUAUUGAUUUCUGUUUAACUAAAAGUCUAGUCUGUGAUCCUGAUACAAACUAUACACAUUUACAGUUAAAAUGGGCAUCGAAAGCUAAUUGUACUCAAAGGAAAGGUCGUGCUGGUCGUGUAUCAAAUGGAAGAGCUUAUUUUAUGGUCACAAAGAAUUUCUUUGAAGAUUGCCUACCAGAAUAUGGUGUUCCUGAAAUGCAGAGAUGUCCAUUAGAAUCGUUGGUAUUAAAAACAAAGAUUUUUGAUAUGGGGGAACCGAAAGCUAUAUUAGGUCUAGCUCUGUCACCACCUAGAUUAGAUGAAAUAGAAAGAACUGUACUUAAUUUGAAAGAGGUUGGAGCACUAGCUACAGGAUUAAGAGGAAGCAAUGUGAAACAUGAUGGUGAUCUAACAUAUAUUGGACGUAUAUUAGCUGAUUUACCAUUAGAUAUUAGAAUUGGUAAAUUACUAGUAUUAGGUCAUGUAUUCUGUCUAUUAGAGGAAUGCCUUAUAAUUGGUGCUGCCUUGUCAUUAAAGAGUGUAUUUGCCAAACCAUUUAAAGCUAAAUUAGAUGCAUACAGGCAUAAACAUGGUUGGGCUGAUUGUACAUUAAGUGAUUGUUUAGCUAUACUUAAUGCUUAUAAGGUCUGGGAAGAGAAAAAGAAAAUGCAUGAAUUUCGACGAACUGGUCAAAGUGAAAAAAGAUGGGGAGAAUUGAAUUUUAUACAGAUUCGUAGAAUAAAUGAAGUAGCAGAGCUAGCUAAGGAAAUAGAACAGAGACUACAGAGAUUUAGUAUAGAAAAACCUAGACAACGUCCACAUUUUAAAGAUGAUAUUAAAGAUCCACAAGAACGUUUAUUGUUAAAGAUAGUUAUAGCUGGUUCUUUCUAUCCUAAUUAUUUUCUUAAGAAUGAAAUAGAUGAGAUUGAUGCUAUAAAACAACUAUCUAAUAAUGAUCCCAUGAAUACAGUAAUGUUAAAAGGUUUACCUGCUAAUCAAGGGAUGUUAUAUAGAGAGAAAUUAGAACAUACAUUUAGAUGGUGCUAUUCUGGUCCACCACUUGUCAUUAUCAUUUUCAGAGCUUUCAUUCAGUUUCCAUGGAAGAAUAAUACAAGAUAUGAACAUAAAGUACAUCAAGCUGUUUACAUGGCAAUUAAAUUAAGAUUAUUAAGAAUACCUAUAGAAGUAGAAGUUUAUAAUAGAGAUGAUGCUCAAUUAUUAAUGAAACAGUUACAAGAUGCUAAAGAUGAUGCUAUUGAAGAUGGUAGACUUCGCACAAACAGAGUUAUGGCAUCAGAAAGUGUUUUUGGUGAACAAAUACAAACAGAUUCACUAGUUGUCCCUCCACCAGGACCUGAAGAGUUAUUCUGUACUAUGUGUGUUACUGAGGUUAUAGAAUGUGGUCACUUUUGGAUUCAGUAUGUAAAUUCUCAAAGAUUUCAAGAAUUAAAAUAUAUACAAGAUUCUUUAAAUGUUAAUAAUGGACAGAAUUUAGAACCUCUAACAGGAUUAUUAAAACCAGGAAUGUAUUGUGCAGCACCGUUCAAAGAGAACGAUUCUGUAGCAUAUUAUCGUGGACGUAUAGAAUCUAUAGAUAAUCAAAGUGAUCCAACAGGUCAUAAAACUAAAGUAUUUUUUGUUGACUAUGGUAAUACUCAAAUAACACCAAGAGCUUUAUUAAGGGUUUUACCAGAUGCAUUUUUAAGCGUUCCAUUUCAGGCAGUGGAGUGUUUUUUAAGUGGAAUUCGGCCGUCUGCUGUUAAAUGUCCAGAUGGAGUAUGGAGUAGAGAAGCUAAUAAUAAAUUCAGAGAGAAAGUUCUUGGUAGAAAUAUGUUUGCUCAGAUAUUCUCAGUAGUAAGAGAUGCUAUAAGAGUAGAAUUAAUAGAAAAACAAGCCAAUGGUUUUGAAUACAGUAUAAAUCAAGAAUUGAUACGAAGAGGAUUUGCAGACCAAGCUGAAGAAUCUUAUUUAUCAAAGGUUAGUUUUGAAUGUAUUAAAGCUGCUAUAUUGCUCAUAUAUAUAGCAGCUAAACAGGGCUUUCUAUCAAUUCAACUUAAUACAGAUAAAAAUAUCAGAAAACGGGGAAAAAGGGUUAGUGAUCUAAAUACAUCUAUUCGUCUUGUAGGACCACACAGUCCACUAGAAAUGGCUUUUGCAAAUAUGACUUCACUGGGUAGAUUAAGGGUAUCAAGAAUAGAUCAAGACAGUGUCAACUCUGUUGCUAUAGAUGAUGAACCUCAAAAUAAACAAUCUAGGAUGAUGGUGGCUUCAUUUGUUGGUUUGGAUCCAUCUGGUAACAAGAUGAUAGCUAGAGAUACAACUAUCAUGCCUUUAAUAGAUGGUUUACCUGCUUUAAUUACAUUAUUAUUUACUCCAGUAGCAGAAUUAAGAACUGAUAAAAGAAGAGAAAGAUAUAUUGGUGCUCUAUGUGGUUUAGGUUAUGAUACACACACUGGUUAUGCUAUAUUACCUGAUCAUGAUAUAGAACUCACAUUUGAUACUAAAAUUGAUAUUAAUGAUAUCUCUAAGAUCAAUGGUAUAAGAAUGGCCAUUAAUUUAGCAAUUGGUAAUCAGUCAACUGUAGCCGGAUGGGGACCUGAUGCUGUAUUUAGAUUACAGAAAAAAGCUAGAGAAAAUAUGAUUCAGUAA